UAUCCCUAUUGAAUCUGCAACUUUCAUGAGUUCUAAAUCAACGAACAAGGCUCUAACUAUAGGAAUCGGAUUCAUAAGCUGCCUAGGUAGUUAGAUCGUAUGGUAGUGGGAUUAGGAAGACGUGCACCAUUCCACUUCGGGAUGAUCGUUGGAUUAGUCGUGAGUCAUGAAGGAGCUAAAGCCCUGUCGUCUUCGAAAUAUAAAAUAUAUGAUCGUGAUAUUCGAAAGGCACCGAGAUUUGUGGUGAUAUCGAUAAAGUCGACCUUCAUUCACAAUGUCUGAAGAGCAAAAAGUGAAAGUCAAAACGCGGCUUCCAGUGCCGCCGCCCCUGAUUGCGGAAAGAAAACCAAUCCAUACGGAGCGUUUGAUUAUACGCCCCAUGAAUGAAGCAUAUCUCGACGGCAUUCAUGUCUUACGCACUCAGCCUGAGGUGAUGAUAUAUACAGUAGCUGGGCGAAUCGAUGCCGACAAGGAGGUGACGCGGGAAUUCAUGUCGCGCUUCCUACCGCCUUACGAUAGUCAAAGUUACGGAACUAUGAUCUGCCUCGCAUCAACAGACGAAGUAAUCGGGACGGGAGGUGUGAGAGUGAUCGACCCUAACUCCGGUUGGCCUGAAAUUGGAUAUACGUUUAAAACGGAGCACUGGGGGAAAGGGUACGCUACAGAGUGGAUGAAGGGCUGGCUCAGCAACUGGUGGACACUCCCUCGAUCCGAGGUUGAGAUGGAAGUGGACGCGGGAUCGGUGGACGGGCCCGGUGAGUCACCGGAGAAGAUCUGGGCCGUGGUUGAGGGCGGCAACAUUGGCAGUAAGCGUGUGCUUGAGAAGCUCGGGUUCCGGAAAUUUAAGCAGUGGACCGAGCCAGAUAACCGGGAAGGAUUUCCAGAUAAAUUGACAUUGGUUGGAUAUGUGCUUUCACACGAGUCGUGAACUAUUAGAGUUACAUUUGGACUAGUAGAGUGAGACGUGGAGUUAUUGGUUAUUGGUGGGAUAUGUACUUAGAUUUUGCCCUAUAUCUAGAACAUCAACGCUGCUCUUUCUAGGUUAGAAUGGUAUAAACUGGAUUGUCGAUGAUUCUUAGGGUAUAGCCACGUGACGACUGGCAUACAAAGCGCAUACCUACAUAGCAGAGGUGAAUACUGCCGUGUAGGACAUCAGCCUGUGAUACCUAGGUAGGUAGGUAGACACUUGAUGGUGUCACGAUUUGCUCCGAGACAGCCCCGGAGCACAUGCUGGGAUACUAGGUACGCAG